AAUCCGGUUCCUUGGUGUGCCCCAUUUUUUACAAAAUCUGCUUCGUUGGACGAGUGCUUUGCUGAAAUUUGUCAGAAAAGCUACCGAACUGUGAGGGUCGCACAUGAAUCUGCACCAAACAAAGUGAGCGACGAUAUUUCCAACUUAUGGAGCACCAAGAAAAACGCGGAUGUUACAUUUUCCGUGGAGGGAAAACUUAUCUCUGCGCACAAACUAAUUUUGACGAUGAGAAGCGAAUAUUUCGAGAAAAUGUUUAGCGGAGAGUGGGCCGAGGCGGAGGGGUCAUCCAUUGUUGUCAUCAAGGAUACGACGUACGACGUGUUUGAAGGUCUUCUUAGCUACAUUUAUCGUGACAAGGUCCCCUUCUCGGAGCUCGACUACGAAAACAUUUUUGGGCUGCUGAAAUUAGCGGAUUCCUAUUGCUACUUGACGAUCCGGCAAGAAUGUGACGAAAUUUUAAUGCAAAAUAUCACCAAGAAGAAUGCUUUCUUUCUGCUUCGAAAUGCUGCUGCAGCCAACGCGCUGGAUUUGGAGGGAGAAGCGACAAAAUUUAUUCUGGAGAAUGGUCUCUUCAUGGCGACCUUAUCUUCUUCCGAGUUGGUCGAUUUGUUGGGGAGAGAAACAUUCGACAAAUUGGCGAUGGCGGCGAUUUGUCGAUAGUUUGGAGUUAAAGUCAAGAUUUAACAACAAUUUGUUUUAUAUAUAAGUUCUAAAAUUUUAGAAAUAAAAUGACUAAUAAAUGAAAAUAUAAAAUAUAAACGGAAAAUGGU